UUCCCACAUACAAGGGCAGUGCGACUGCAGUGGACAGCGCCAUGCCAACCUUGGGCAAUGUUCAAAAAUUUGGGAAAUAUUACUUACACCUAAAGAUGCUGAAUCAUGCUGCGUAAAUUCCCUUGUAAUGGAUGACUUAGAACACAGUGUUGUGAUAGCGGAGCGAGACUGGGAGAGUUUCUAUGAGGAGAGUGAGGAAUGCUCAAUUCAACCAGCAGGGCUUGCGAGCCUGGAUGGUUCAAGCUUAAGUGACACUGAUGAUGAUGAUGCAAAAAAGUCUACCCAAGUGCCUGAUUUAGAUCUACAGAUCAAGCCUGACAAAACAAAUAAAGAGCCUGAUGCUACAACACUAAGAAAAAGUGAAGUGGAUGACUGCAAACCUGAGAACCCAUCAAAAGAACCUGAAUGCUUAAGUUACAAGACGAACAACGAGAGAUCUGCUGAGAAAACUGCAGAGAUCAAUCUGAAUGAUGUCUCAACCACACAUGCAUGCUUGACCUCAGAUAGUAGUAUAAGUGUUAAUGACACCAAUUACACCGAUCAGCAACUUACUGCCUCAGAUGUAAAGGACUUCAGAAAGCAUAAUGAAAAUCACAGUGACGAUAAGUUAUGUCAAGCCACUGGCGAGCCAGACACUUCCUUCUCAUGUAUUCAUGAUGCAGAGCAUGUUGGCAGCUCAGAAGGAGAAACAGUUUUGAAGGUUACCGAAAGUUCAGCAACUCCAAAAAAAGAGAAAGAACGAUGGUUUGUAACAGUAAAUGACAGUCCGGUCAUGAUAAGAGUAAAGUCUGGCAAAAAAAAGGGAAGAAAAAAAAAAACCUCUAGGAAACUAGCCCGACAUAGCAUAGGAAAAGAAAGACAGAGCGAUGUCUCAAAUAAUAUUAAUAAAGAAGAAGAAAAAGAAGUAAAGAAAGAUGGACAAAUAUUACAGUAUAAAUAUAUGCAACCUUCUCAAACAUAUUCUGAACAUAUUGACUUUAAUCCAUGUCCUAAUCAUAUUUUUGAAGAGGUAAUUUUAGGUUCAUGCAAUACUCAAGAGGUCGUUUUUUCUCCUAUGAAAGAACCUGAAAAGGAGGCUUUGGAAAAACUGUCUAUUCCAAAAACAAACUGCACAUCAUUGUUUAUUGCUGGAGAAGGAAACAUAAGUUGUGAUUUUAGUUUUAAACACAAAGACAAUUCAGAUGAUCCUACAAAAUCAUUAGAAAACAAUCAUCCUGUUUCUCCUACACCAUUAAUUCUCACAGAAGCAGACUUGCAAAGUGAUGCUGUAGUAAAUGAUCAAAGCAUAGCCAUCAGACCUAAAAGUAACAUACAUGUCACUAUUCCAGAUCACCCAUGGAGCAUCAAUUUAACCCAUAAUGCUCAUGAAGAUACUCAAUCCGAUGGUUCUAGAUUAAUUCUGGAGGCGACAGCUACUCCUUUAGAAAAGCUACAAGAGCAAGAGUAUCUAACAAAAAUACCAGAAGAAUUGAAACUUUCCUCCCAGGACACUCAGAAUCAGGGAUCACAAAAUGAAAGUCUUGAAGCAGCUGUAGGUCCAAAUUGCCCUGUAUAUGCUCUUUCAUCAUUUUGGGAUGAAAUGGAGAAGUUGACAAUAAAUGACAUUUUACAUCUAAGAUCAGAUCAUAACAGAUCUCCUAUGAGCAGAAGUGUAAUUUCUGAUGAGAGUGAUGUCCAUCUUGAAGAUAAAGAACUGCUGACCUCUAAACAUGAUCGUGUACAAGAAAGUGACUUGAUGGAAGACUCUGCAGACUCUGACUAUUUCACGCAUGUAGAUGAGUCUAAACCAGACCGUUCAAGUUGUGAACUUUCUACACUCUCAGAUUGUGAUGAGGAGUUUCAACAAAUACUUAACAGAAACCCUAGUCCUGAGCCUCAACAUGUCAAAGAACAGACUGAAAAUAUGAAGUCUACAUACAUCCCAGGCCAUGAAUUUGAUCGAUACAUGGAAACUGAAUCUCUAGACAUUAUUAAACUGAGUCAUCAGGAUGGAAUCCCACAUAAUUUAUAUCCAGCUAUAGAGGUAGAAAGCUUGUUUCUUACAUUUACUCAGGACAGUAACGGCAAUCCUUUUGAACUGGAAGACAUCAGAAAAAUACCUGUUUUAUCAUUUGGCAAUACAGCAGAUAAUCAAUCCACGUUAACCUUUUCUGAGCUUUUGGCUAAGGGCAUUAAUGGAGCUGGUUCCUCAGACAGACUUAGCAACACUGUUGCCUCAUUUCCAUUUGCACAGAACUUGUCUGUUUGUGAGAUGUAUGAUGAUUCCUUCUCAGACUUUGAGAUUGGGAAUGUUCUCUUUCCUCCAACCAAAGAUAAGACUGUUCCCAUCUUCUCUGCCUCACACUCAGUGGUGAGAGAUUUGGUAUUCCCGCAGGUAGAGGAACUGGAUUUUGACCCAGAUUUUGAACAAGAUAAUAUGACAAUAAGGGACCUGUCUCACUUCAGCAGCCAGUCUGAAAUGUCUACUAGUCCAUCAGGAAUGCCAAACCUGUUCUUUUCCAUGAGCCAAAGAGGAAACUGGAGUAGUCUUUUCUCUCUGAGAAGAAGAAGAUUUAUAGGAAAGGGGAGCACUUGGCACCACAAUGUCAGCUCUUGGAUUUUCCCAAAAGAGGCAAAAAAGGCAACAUCAUACAUCUCAAGAUCUCAACAAGUAGCACUGCUGAUGCAAGGGGGGAACAACUCCCUCUUACAAAUGGCAGAGUCACAGCAAUGUGCUGUAUAUAUUUCAAAAAAAGAAGACUUUAUCUUUUCUUUAAAGCAGGCAGAUAUGUGCCUGGUUUGCAUUGCCUUAGCUUCUUGGGUAUUGAAAUCCUCUAAUUCACAGUCAACAGACAUGUGGAAAGCAGCUCUCCUGGCAAACAUAAGUGCAAUCUCAGCCAUCCAGUACUUGCGGAAAUAUGGAAAAGGACACAGCUGAGGAUCAUCAUAAUGUCUUUCCAAAAAUUCUCAGAAGGGGCCAGUAAAAAAAAAAGACAAAUGGUUCAUUUUGCACAAAUUUAAACCAAGCACAAUGUAAAUACAUUUUUGAAACGAUAGCAAACAAGACCAUCAACGUUAUUAUUAAAUAUAUAUUUAUUCAAACAGAAAGAAAUUAGGUUGAUAUGGACCAGAAGAGCACUAGUAGGUUGCAGGUUUGUGUCAAUAAAUAUUUUCAAGUUAAGCUGUACUGAGCAAAGUACAUUGAGUAUAUACUUGUGAGGAAUAGCUUUUUGCUUGGUUCAAUAAUAAUAACAAUAAGAAGAAGCCUAAGAAGAAGAAGAAGAACGUGAAACACUGAAUUUUCCCAGAAAACACUUUGCUUUAAUAGUCUGUGUACAGGUACAGUUUGAUACUGAAACGACAAGCUUCAGUGUGAAUGUAGCCCAAUUAUAUAAUAUUCAUCUGUAUGCAAAAUUAUUUUACCAUGACAAAAAUAUGUUAGCAUGAUAUGCUUAGUGAUGCUUAUUUGUUGGUUGGUGCUAUGUUUUUGUUAUUCCUGUGAGUUGUUAAUGGCUGUCCAGAAACCUUGAAUGUCAUAUGAAUGAGAAAUCCGACUGAGAUUAAGUAGACGGUGGACUCAAAUUUUCAACAUGCAAUGCAGCAAUAUGAUACCUUUGUGUUUAUUCACACAGAAUCAGCCCGGCUAGUUAGAGAUCUAAUAGAGGACAAGCACAAUGGUGUAGACAGUGGUAGUAACAUGUAAGCUGAAGCUUUGAAACCUGAUCUAUUUGAGCAGAGUGUAUGGAAAAGGAGGUGAGAGAGCUGUGCAGGCUAAACCACCCUUUUCAGGUUAAGAUGAAGCCAGACUGCACUAUCAGCAUGUAGUCACACUGCAUUGUGGGUAUUGUAAGAAACUACAUUGAGAUCAUAGACUGUAGAUGUAGAUUAAAUAUUUAAACUAAAAAAAAUCAACUCGGAAAUUAGUUAGAAAAUAAACUCUGGAUGCCACUGUAGAUCACAUGUUAAUUAUACAGAAUAAUGUGCAAUGUAUUUCUUUACAAGGAGAGUAUAUGUGUAAUAUUAUGUACCAAAACACAAGGUUAUAUUUUUAAUCAGUUCCUACAGAAUUUUGUAACUGCAGAAAUAAACAAAAAAUGAUUUUUGCACAGAUUUGGGCCAAGACGUGUCAUGUGACAUCACAAAACCUUUUAAACAUGAGUACAGAAACAUGUCUCAUCAAUAGUAGUAGUAUAAAAGAAGAAUCCUGCGCUUGAAAAUUAGUUU